UCCGGUCGGGAACCCGCACCGGGAAGCGGGAAGUACCUGGUGGCCAGCGCUGGCUGGUCAGGAUGGCCCGGUCGGGCUGGGGCCCUCCGCGGCUGGACGGCUUCAUCCUCACCGAGCGCCUGGGCAGUGGCACCUACGCCACGGUGUACAAGGCCUAUGCCAAGAAGGACACUCGAGAGGUGGUAGCCAUUAAGUGUGUGGCCAAGAAGAGUCUGAACAAGGCAUCCGUGGAAAACCUCCUGACAGAGAUUGAGAUCCUCAAGGGCAUUCAACAUCCCCACAUUGUGCAGCUAAAAGACUUCCAGUGGGACAGUGACAACAUUUACCUCAUCAUGGAGUUCUGUGCAGGAGGUGAUCUGUCCCGCUUCAUCCAUACCCGCCGGAUUCUGCCUGAGAAGGUGGCUCGUGUCUUUAUGCAGCAGUUGGCUAGUGCUCUGAAGUUUCUGCAUGAACGGAACAUAUCUCACCUGGAUCUGAAGCCACAGAACAUUCUGUUGAGCUCCUUGGAGAAGCCCCAUCUUAAACUGGCAGACUUCGGCUUCUCACAGCACAUGUCCCCGUGGGAUGAGAAGCAUGUACUCCGUGGCUCCCCUCUCUACAUGGCCCCUGAGAUGGUGUGUCAGCGGCAGUACGAUGCUCGUGUGGACCUUUGGUCCGUGGGGGUCAUUCUGUAUGAAGCCCUCUUCGGCCAGCCCCCCUUUGCCUCCAGGUCGUUCUCAGAGCUGGAAGAGAAGAUCCGGAGUAACCGGGUUAUCGAGCUCCCCCUUCGGCCCCAGCUCUCCCGAGACUGCAGGGACCUACUGCGGCGGCUCCUGGAGCGGGACCCCGGCCAUCGCAUCUCCUUCCAGGACUUCUUUGCCCACCCCUGGGUGGACCUGGAGCACAUGCCCAGUGGGGAGAGCCUGGCACGAGCAACCACCCUGGUGGUGCAGGCUGUGAAGAAGGACCGGGAGGGGGAUGCCGCAGCCGCCUUAUCUCUGUACUGCAAGGCUCUGGACUUCUUCGUGCCUGCCCUGCACUACGAAGUGGAUGCUCAGCGGAAGGAGGCAAUUAAGGCGAAGGUAGGGCAGUAUGUGUCCCGGGCUGAGGAGCUCAAGGCCAUCGUGUCCUCCAAUCGGGCCCUCCUGAGGCAGGAAGCCUCUGCCCAAGACCUGCUUAAAGAGAUGGCCCGGGACAAGCCACGCCUCCUGGCUGCCUUGGAAGUGGCUUCAGCUGCCAUGGCCAAGGAGGAGGAAGCUGGCAGGGAGCAGGAUGCUCUGGAUCUGUACCAGCACAGCCUGGGGGAGCUGCUGCUGGUGCUGGCAGGGGAGCCCCCAGGCCGGAGGAGGGAGCUGCUUCACACUGAGGUUCAGAACCUCAUGGCUCGAGCUGAAUACCUAAAAGAGCAAGUCAAGAUGAGGGAGUCUCACUGGGAAGCCGAUACCCUGGACAAGGAGGGGCUGUUGGAGUCUGUUCGGAGCUCCUGCACCCUGCAGUGACCCUGAAAGGAUGACUGGACAGACCACAGGCCACCUGGAGUUGGGGGACACACUCACCCAAGCUGAUAGCCAGAAUUCUGUGGCUCUCUGCAGCCUGCCAGAGCAGCCUUCCUGGAUGAGCAACUCUGGGACCACCGCAUCCCAGGGUCCCCAACACCCUUCAGGGUACUCUUCAUCCCACAAAGGCUCUGAUGGCCCAGCCCUUGUAUGUGCUGGGAGCACCAGGCCUGGCCCCAGAGGAGAGGAGCAGGCCUCUGGGAUAAGAGUGUUUUCAUGUGACUUUGGUUAACUAGUGGCUACUGGACCCUCAGUCCAUCAGUUUGGAGCAUCAAGACUCUGUUUUCGCUCUGAGAAGAGGGCAAGGGGCAGCUGUACUCUGUGCCCACCCCUGUCCUUCCUGGGAGCCCUCACUUCUGUUCUUGCACUGGACCAAGGUGCUCUAAGACCCCUCAGGGACCACCCACCCUGUGGUCUACACUCAGCCCCAAAGAACUCACCAGUCAUCAUGGAAGCUGGUGCCUGCCCACCCUCUCGCAGUAUUUUAAGUUAAUCCUUCAAGUCAUGAAAAGAAUAUACUUUGUAGGAUGGGGCAAAUCAAAGAAACUUUGCCUGCUCGCCCUGGCCCAGGGGAUAUCAAAAGGGGUCCUUAAUCGUCGUCCCUCCAGCCUUCAUCCCUUUUUAGGGCAUACCCCUUCGUUUUUACAGAGUUAAU